AUGGGCUCGGGUCCCCCCACCCAAGAACCAGUUCUACGAGCCAGUUCUACAAGCUUCUUCCAACCUUUGCAGAACUCCAUGAAAGUGAUGUUCAAAUGCCUCUGGAAAAACUGUGGGAAGGUGCUGAGCACAGCAGCAGGUAUCCAAAAACACAUCCAGACCAUUCGUCUUGGGCGCAUUGGGGACUCUGACUACAGUGAUGGAGAAGAGGACUUUUUUUUCACUGAGAUCAAGCUCAACACAGACUCCGUGGCAGACAGACUGAGCAGCCUGGCCCCGGUUUCACCCUCCCAGUCCUUGGCUUCGCCUCCCACUUUCCCCAUCCCACAUUCGAGCCGGGCCGAAACUCCUUGUGCCAAAACCAAGACUAAACUGAUGACGCCCUUGAGCCGCUCAGCUCCCACUACCCUCUACCUCGUGCACACUGACCAUGCUUACCAGGCCACACCCCCUGAGACCAUUCCAGGAUCGGCAAAGUUCACCCCCAACAGCAGAAGCUUCAGCAUUUCUUGGCAGUCUCCUCCAAUCACUUUCACAGGCAUUCCAGUGUCCCCAACACAUCAUCAUCCUAUGGGCACAGGGGAGCAGAGACAACACGCUCACAUGGUCCUGUCCUCCCCACCUAGAGGGACAGUCGCCCCUAAGAUACACCUGCUUGAAACUGCACAUGCCUGCCUCAGGGGGUUAACUGAAAUCUAG